GAGACCGGUUCCUUUCCGAUGGCCGAUGUCCAGGCACUUUACGAUGCUGGUGCCGGGCUGUACGGCAUGUGCUGGUGCAAGUCUGUGCCAGGGAGGCCCUGUGUGGACCUGGAGGAGUACGUCGUCCCAGCAGGCUUGUUCGUCUUGGUCGGACCGUACCCACAGGAACUCACGAAGGUUUACAUGGGCGACACUCUUCAGGUUGCAAUUGCAGGCACUGGCCUAUCAGCAAAGGACAGGCUCGA